UUUAAGAUAUCAAGAAUCAAUCCAUCAUACUGUUUAAAAUUUCUUCAUGUUCUGUCCCUUUCCAUAUUAACAUCAUAAGAGAGAUUCUCAGCAAGAACACAAACUGUUGUCUCUGGGCUGUCCAAAUUCUUCCAUUACUUUUCCUCCACUAUCUUUUCUUCUUCUUUCUCUAUUUCUGCAACACCCUUUACGCUUUCUGAUCGAAGGGUAUCUUUUUUAAUUCUACUUUCACGUGCACCCCAAAUCUCUAUAAACCCAUAAAAUUUCUGAAUACACUCGUUUUCUGCAGGACCCUGAGCUCCUUUGCCCUGGUGAAUUUUUCUGCUUGGGGUUGCAGAGUACAGACAAAAAUUGCACGGCUGAACAGUCGAUGUUGGUAACAUAAUGCAGCUGUAUCAUCAUCCAUAUUCCUUAGACAGCCAGAAAGUGAGGAUUGCAUUGGAAGAGAAGAACAUUGAUUAUACAUCAUUCCAUGUAAAUCCUAUCACGGGCAAGAAUUUUGAUUCUAGUUUCUUCCGGAUGAACCCAAGUGCCAAACUUCCAGUUUUCCAGAAUGGUUCGCACAUCUUGUACGACACUGUAGAGAUUAUCCAGUACAUAGAGAGAAUUGCAAUGGUCUCUUCUGGCGGCGAUGAAUCGACUCUUAGCAGCGGAGAAGUUGUCGAAUGGAUUUACAAGAUACAACAGUGGAAUCCCAAAUUCUUCACCCUCUCCCACGUCCCACCUAAAUAUCGUCUCUCUGUUACUAAAUUCCUGAGGCGUGUCAUAAUUGCUAGGAUGGCAGAAUGCCCAGAACUUGCCAGUGCAUACCAUCGUAAGCUUAAAGAAGCAUACGAAACAGAAGAGAAACUCAAAGAUCCAGAAGUCUUGAGAUGGAGUGAAGAACAUCUGGAGAGAAUUCUAGAUGAAGCUGAAAGAAAACUGAGUGAAUCGACGUAUCUGGUUGGAGAAGAGUUUACUUUGGCAGAUGUUGCGUUCAUUCCUCUCCUAAGUCGACUGGCUCUCAUGAAUUUGGAAGAGAAGUACAUAAAUACAAGACUAAACGUAGCUGAGUACUGGAAUGUGGUGCAAGAACGGCCCAGCUAUAGAAAGGUGAUCGGAAAAUAUUUUCAUGGCUGGAGGCGGCACAAGACACUACUCAAAACCUGGUGCUUUGUGCGAAUCAGAAGUUUGCUGAAACAGUAUUAGUUAAGGUUGUGUUUUGUUUUCGUUUGGACAAAAUGUGUAGAUUGUAUAUAGGCUUUGGAUUUCUUCUUGAAUUUUGUUGCAUCAUGAUGAGAAAGAAGUUAGAUGUAUUUCGGCAGUUGUUGGAAAAGAAUAUCCUCAUCAUGCUGAUUGUAAGAAUGUGUUGUUUACAGAGAGAUGUAUUGCUUGUAGACAUGGUUGAUUUCUGAACUUCUAGUAUUUGUUUUCUUCAA